CUUGGUUGCGAAUAAGGAAGGCUUGGUUAGUGAUAUGGGGGAAUGGGAAGGAGAUAGGUGGCAAUGGAAUCUAGUUUGGAGAAGGGGGCGAAUGGGGCGAGAAAAGGAUGAGGAGGAGGCUUUGUGGGGGGUAGUGGAUUGUGUACACUUAAAGAAAGGUAGGGAGGACGUUUGGACUUGGAAACAUGACCCAGGAGGAAAAUAUUCGGUUCGGACAGCUUAUGAAUUUUUAUCUCCUGAGGAGCAUCUUCUGGAUACCCAAUACUGCAGGCUUAUUUGGUGCAAGCUAGUGCCUUUGAAAGUUAGUUUUUUUGGGUGGAGGUUACUUCUUGAUUGGUUGCCAACAAAAUGGAACUUACAAAAAAGGGGUGCGACGUUGCAGCAAGAGGGAUUUUUUUGUGGUUUGUGUCAUGAGGGGAUGGAGGAGGUAGAUUAUUUAUUUUGUACUUGCAGGGAAGCUUGGUUAGUUUGGGUUAAGGUGCUAAAUUGGUGGGGCAUUGAAAUUGUCAUGUUGAAUACAGUUAGGGGAGUGGUAGAUUUUUUCUUGUUUGAUUUGGGUAGAAUUAUAGGGAAGGAGUUGGGUGCAUGUGUUUUUCUAGUUGUUGCAUGGUAUCUUUGGUAUUGGAGGAAUGCUUGUGUAUUUAAGAAUUAUGGGAGCUUGCAGGAGUGUUUGUUGGAUAAGGUACAAAUGAAGUCUUUCUUUUGGAUUAAAAAUAAGGUGGAUGGAUGUGCUUUUUCUUUGUAUGAGUGGCAGAUGAAUCCAAUUGAGUGUGCCUUAGCUAUUAAAAGGCAUAAGAGGCUGUUGAAGAGCUUCCAAAAGUAGCAGCAACGUAUAAUAUGAGUUCUUCAUGUAGGCAUUCAUGAGAUGUUGUUUCUGGUCAGCUUUGCUAUUUUUGGCAGUUGGUUUGGUCUGUUAAUGCCAACAUUAGGAUUUUUCUUUGUAUAUGGGUUGGAGUACUCCUUGUACUCCCUCAAAUAAUAUAAUUAUCUUUGUUUU